AUGAGCAGCAGCCCCAGCAAUGACGACGACUUCGUCACCAAGACCACCAAGCACCGCAAGAAACAGCAGCAGCAGCAGGCAGCAGCGGGCGACGACGCGGCCAAGAAGCCCCCGACGGGCCCGUCCAACGGCGCCGCCAGCAGCAGCAGCAGCAGCAACAUCUCGCUGCGCCCGCGCACAAUGUUCGCCAUGAAGGGCCGUGGCCGCACCGAGUCCGAGGGCUCCGCGUACCGCCCGCAGUGGUCCAAGGACGGCGAGGGCUUCGUGUCGUCGGCCGCGUCGGGGGCGGGCGGCCCCACGCCCUUUAAAGACGCGGCCACGGGCGUCGGCGGCGACGACCACCGGGGCGAGCGGCGCAAGAGCAAGGUGCUGCGCUACACGAAGGAGGAGCUGCUGGCGCUGCACUUCACAACGGCCGAGGCGCCCGCGUUCCCGCCGGACACGUCGGUGGCCUCGGAGCACAGUCUGCCGCCCGUCAGCACGCUGCCCUUCGACUACGAGGAGAUCUACAAGCAGUGGUCGCUCAACCGCAAUCGCGGGCGCGGCCGUGGACGGGGCAAUGCGCCCUCUGGAGGCGCGCAAGGGGCGCGUGGUGGACACCAGGAGCGAGGCGCGCGCGGGGACGACGCUGACGCAGCCAAGCAGCAGAAGGAGGAGCACCACCGACACAACGAGAAGGACUCAACGUGGGAGCGCGGCGCCAAGAUCACCGAGACUUCCCACGGAGACGACGUUUGGGACGAUGUACUGGAACCAGGCGCGGAUAGCAAUGAAAUGGACCUGUCAAGCAUGGCAGAGGCUGCAGAGAAGUUCCGACGAGAGAUGGAUGCAAUGAGGGAGGAGCUCCAAGGACCGAAGAUCGACCCGGAUGAGAUGAAAGAUGACCUAGAUGCCUUUGACAAGAAACUGGAGGACGCGGCAGCUGCGGGGCAGUUUGAAGAUAGCGACAGUGAAGAGGUGCAUUGGGAUGAUCCUACCCCAGAGGAGGAGCAGAGUGCAAAUGGCGCGAAUGGUCCAUUGGGAGACCACGCCGCGAAUCUGCUAGGCCGCCAAUCGAGUGGAGGGCGUCUAUUCGAUGCGCUGGAGCCUGCUGGCGACCAGCUCGUGCUUGAGGAGAAGAGCAGUUUCUCGCUGCCACAGAUGCCUGCUGGCGAAGGCUUCCCGGGGCUCGCGUCGCUGCGUUUGGAGGUGGAGGACGAAUGGUUUUACUUGGACCCCCAGGGAUUGCAACAGGGCCCGUUCAAGACGGCGGAGAUGCGUGAAUGGUUCGAGGCUGGCUACUUCAAGCCGCACCUUCCGAUUCGUUUUGGCCGCGAGGGCAAUUUCGGGGCUCUGGCGAAUCAAUUCGGACCCGGCCAAAUGCCUUUCGCUGCCCCGCCGGCGCGUAUGAGCGGCAUUGGAGGAAUGCAUAUGGAGCAGCAGCGGUUACUAGAAUUGCAACGUCAGCAGCAGCAACAGCAACAACAACAACAACAGCAACAACAAAUGAUGCAGCUUCAGCAACAACAACAGCGAAUGCUUCAAGAGGAGAAGAUGCGCAUGGAGAUGCAGCAGCAGCAGCGGCAACAGCAACAGCAACAGCAAAUGCUUCUUCAGCAGCAGAGUUCGUGGCAGCGCAGUCAGCGUGAAGGUAUCAUGAGCGCACUGGGCAUAUUUGGAAGCAACCAAGAAAGCAACAUUGCAGCAAACAACAGCUUCCACUCGGAUGGGAUACAAAUCCAGUUCCAGUCCGAUUACCGCACCCAGCACCAGCUUAACCUGCAGAAUCCGCAGUCUAUCGGUCAGAACGCGAUGUUCCUGAAUGACGAGCGGCGUGACCAGGCAUUCUGGCCAAAUGCUGCGCCGGAAAUGUCUGAGACCACCCAGCCCCCCGCGCCUACAAGCCCCCCUGCUGCUCCCGUGGUCGAUGCUUGGGGAUCUGUGCCGAAGUCUCCAGAGCGUCCGUCCGCAAACCUCCACGACAUCCAGAAUGAAGAGAAGCGCCGAGCUGCCCAGGAAACUCGCGGUUCGCCGAUCAAAACUAACAGCCCGACUAGUGCCCAGCAGGACCAGCUGAAGGACGCGUCGCCUGUGAAGUCCCCCGCGAAGGCUGCUGAAAGCGAGAAGAAGAAUGUGAGCCCAGUUAAAAAGACCGAGAAGAAAACGGCUGUCAAGGGUGAGACCAACGCAUGGGGAACCCGGUCGACGUCUGCUGCAUCCAACAACUCCAAGUCGCUCAAGGAUAUCCAGCAGGAAGAGCAGCGUGAAAUGCUCAGCAAGAUGGGGGAUGCGAAGUCUGACACGGCCAACCUCGCACAAAUGGGAGCACAGUUGAAGAUGAUGCUCGGUGUGGACUCCAUUGCUGUGCCUGCCGCGCCGUCGGCUGAGGCACCGACGCCCGCUUCGGCACCGGCACCGGCACCGCCGGCUCCGGCUGCCAAACCAGCUCCAGCACCAACCCCUGCUCCCGCCCCAGCUCCUGCUGCGGCGCCGGCCGCGAGUCCGUGGGGUACACCCGCUACUGUAGCGAAGAGCACCACCUCGAAGUCGAUGCGCGAUAUUUUGGCCGAAGAAGAGCGCCUGGCUCAGGAGCGGGCUAAAGCCAACGAGAAUGCACCGACCAGCUCGCACUGGAUGAACAUCGUCGCGGGCAACAAGGUUGCUGCUGCUGCGAUCCCCAAGCCCUCUCGGUCAGUAUUGGGCCCCGUGCCUGCGUCCGUUUUGAAGAGCCGCCAGCAGAUUCGUGCCACUAACGGCGCAGCGAAGCCGUCCCCGCCUAAGGCCGAGAGCGACGCUUCCUUCUGGAACUUUGGGGCAGCACAGUCCGCCGGCAAGGAGCCCUCGUCCAGCAGUGCUCAAGUGAGCACUUCGAACGCGUUUGGAUCUAACAAUGUGUCCACGGAGUUUAUGGCGUGGGCCCUGAAGCAGCUGAAGACCAUCGACAGCAACGCUAACGUGACGCUGCUGGAAUACUGCGCAUCGGUGGAGGACCCUGGCGAGAUCCGCGAGUUCCUCGCGGCGUACCUGGGCUCGACGCCCCGCGUAUCGGCGUUCGCGACCGAGUUCAUCCAGCGGAAGAAGACACAGCACAGCGGCAAGAAGUCGCCGGCGCACCAGGACGCCCAGCAGCGUGCCUCCGAGACGGGCUCGUCCAACAAGCGGGGCAAGCGUCGCUCCAAGGGCCAGAAGAUUGAUCCGUCACUGCUGAACUACUCGGUGGGCAGUUAA